AUGGGCCAUAUUGACUUCUUGGGCACGGACCUCGGCAUCACGUCCCCGGUCUCUAGCGACUUCGACAACCUGCUCCAAUUCCCGCUCUUUGGCCAGGCCAUGGUGGUGGCGUACAACCUGCCGAUUGCAGCCUCUGAUACCUUCCUGGUGCUUGAUAGAAGCACGCUGGGUGCGAUUUGGGCAGGCGCGAUCACGACCUGGGACGACCAGCGCAUCAAGGACCUCAAUCCGCCCGCCGUAGCGGCCAUACUGCCGGCGGCCAACAUCGCGCUCGGCUACACCAGCAGCAACCAGGUGUCGUUCGCCCAGGUGUUCAAAGUGGCCAUGUCCAGCUUCAGCGACACCUUCCGUACUGCGCUCGCCGCGGCCAACGAUUCGUUCGCCCGCAUGCCGCCCGCCCUCGCCGGCCACGCCUUCGAGGCCGUGCGUCAGAACACGACGUACGGGAUGACGUUUGUGCGGCAGGCCAUGAGCGUCGCGGCCGGCCUGUCGUGGGCCAACAUGGUCAACAAGGCUGGCAAGACGGUGGAGCCCAGCGUGUCGACGGUGCAGGCGGCCAUGAGCCAAUUCGCUCGCAACUUCAGCGCGGGCGACCUCACGAUCGACAUCGUAGAUGCGCCCGGUGAUGAGUCGUGGCCGCUCUCGUACCACACCUUCUUGGCCUUCAACCGGAGCGUGACAGCCCUGGACUGCACCAACAUCCAGGAGCUCACUCGUUUCAUCGCGUGGGCUCUUACCAACGAAGAAGCAUCCACAUUAGCGAUCACAAGCGGAGGUGUGCCGAUAGAUGUGAGCCUGCGCAAGUACAUCAUCGACCGCUUCAAUGACUUUGAGUGCAACGGCGAGAAGGUGGCGAGCACGUCGUACCUCAUCGGCACGGGUCCUCCCCUUCCGCUCUACUCGGCCUGGACGGUGGCCUUCUCCACGGCGCAGGCGACAUUCAAGUACUUUAGCUCGACGUCGUUGCAGGCCAAAGAGCAGCUGAUCGCGUUCGGCGAACAGUUCGGCACCACGAGUACUGGGCUCGAGGCCCGGUGGUAUGAGGCCAUCGAUGACGUGGCCCUUCUGCCGGCCACCAUUUACGCCGUCGUGCCAGGUUACAACCUGCGAGAGUUGAGCGGGCUGGAGCUGUUUGGUCCCAGGGAGAUCACGAUGUGGGACGAUGCGCGCAUCAAAGCCCUCAACACGCCAGAGGUGGCCGCGGCGCUGCCCGCGCAGGCUAUCCAUGUGGUCGUACAGUCGGUGGAGACGGCCAUCACCCAGCUGUUCACCACGAUGCUCAGCGCCGUCAUGCCCAAGUUCGCGGUCCAGGUGGGUGCUGGACCGCUGGUGACCAGUCCCGUGCAGUCUUACAACACUACGACCGCCGUCAAUAGCAACGACGCGUUGCCCAGGGUCCUGGCCGAUACUGACUAUGGGUUUGCGUUCGUCACCCUGUACGACGCCACACUGUUUCGCGUGCUACAGCAUGCCAACCUGCGCCGCAGCGACGGGGUGAUUGUGCGGGCCAACCAGACCUCGAUACAGAAUGCGGUGAAGCACUACUUCGCCGAGAAUCCCAAUCCCGACUACGGCGAGAUCAUUCUCAGUGGGGGCAGUGAUAGCUGGCCGCUGGCGACAUUCGGGUCGUUCAUCUACCACAAUCGGCGCAUGCAGGACUGCGCCAAGUCGCGCGCUCUAGCGAGCUUUUUCUCCUGGACCCAGACCAGCACUGAGUCGCAGCAUAUCGCCCAGAGGCAAGGGUUCAUUCUGGCGUCGAGCGACAAGUCCCUCCAACGACGGAUGCUCAACCAGCUGCAGAACUUCACCUGCGGCGGGGUGGCGGUGAGCGAGCUCUACGGCUGCAUCAACGACGGCGAGCUGUGCUCGGGCGCCGGGGUGUGCGCCAACAAUGCGGGGAGGGAGGGCCAAUACUGCGAGAGCGUGGCAAGUUCGUCGUCAGACAGGUCAGUCACCGUAAUCCUAGCUACGAUUUUCCCGGUGGGAUUGGUGGUCCUGGGGGUGGGUGCAUGCCUGGCAGUGAUGAUUAUUGCCUUGGCGAGGUGUAAGAAAAAGAAAUCGGACGACUGGGAGAUUAGCUACGACGAACUCGAGGUCGGCAGGCAACUGGGCGCCGGGGGAUUCGGUGUCAUCCACAAGGCCGUCUGGAAGGGCACGGAAGUGGCGGUAAAGGUGAUGGCGUCGGCCAAAGUCACAAAGGACAUGAAGAAGGACUUCCACGACGAGGUGCGAGUGAUGACCUCGUUGCGGCAUCCAAACGUGGUGCUCUUCAUGGCCGCCUGCACCCGGCCGCCCAAGAUGUGCAUCGUCAUGGAGUACAUGGCGCUCGGGUCCCUCUACGACCUGCUGCACAACGACCUGAUUGCCGAGAUCCCCUUCAACCUCAAGGCCAAGAUGGGCUACCACGCCGCCAGGGGCAUGCACUUCCUCCACUCCUCUGGCAUAGUGCACAGGGACCUCACGUCGCUCAAUCUGCUGCUCGACCACAAGUGGAAUGUGAAGGUGAGCGACUUUGGGCUUACCAAGUUCAAGGAGGACGUGCGGCAGGGCGGCAAGUACAAGGACAACGCCAUCGUAGGGAGCCUACACUGGACCGCGCCCGAGGUGCUCAACGAGUCCGUCUCCGCUGGCCAGGACUUCCUCUUGGCCGACGUCUACAGCUUCGGCAUCAUCCUCUGGGAGCUUCUUUCGCGCGAGCAGCCCUACGCCGGCAUGUCUCCGGUGGCGGUGGCGGUGGCGGUCAUGCGCGACGGCAUCCGGCCCCAGAUGCCGGCCACGCCCGGCCUGUGCCCGCUCGAGUUUGCGGAGCUCAUCACGAGCUGCUGGCACGCCGACCCGACCGUCCGGCCAACGUUUCUCGAGAUCAUGACCCGCCUCGCGGCCAUGCACACCGGCGCUGACUUGAGCUCGGGCGUGACGACCUCGCUCACCUCCAAGACCUCGACGACAUCGUCUUUCUCCAGCGUGCCGCCCGGCGUGCUCACGAGCGCCCGCUCCCGCGACACCUCGUGGAGCCUCCCAUCGACCAACGACUCGUCGGCGUCGGUGUCGGCGUCGAGCGCGUCAAAGGACUUGGUAUCGACGCAGAUGGCCACGGGCGGUGGCACGGUGCGCCCGCCGCGGGGCGACAUUGCAGUGGUGUUCACGGACAUCACGCGUGCUGCGUCGCUGUGGGAGUUCAACGCCUGGGCCAUGCGCGAUGCGACGCUGCUGCACAACGAAACGCUGCGGGCGGUGCUGAAGCGACAGAACCGCGGGUACGAGGUGGUGUUCGCGGGCGACCGGAGCGGCUGUUCCGGCGAGGGCUCGUUCUGCAUGGCCUUCCAGCACGCGUCGGACGCGUUGGCCUGGUGCUGCGGGGCGCAGCUGGCGCUGCUCGGCGUGGCCUGGCCCGAGGAACUGCUCGCCCAUCCGGGCGCCGCCGAGGAAUGGGGCGACACCGAUGACCGGGUGGUGCACAAGGGCCUGCGGGUGAGGAUGGGGGUAGACUUCGGCCCGGUGCGGGUGGUGCGCGAUCCGACAACGGGGCGCGUGGAGUACAGAGGCCCCGUGGUCGACACGGCCGCGCGCAUCACGACCAUGGCCCACGGCGGCCAGAUCAUCAUGAGCCUCGCCGCCUGCGAACAGCUACACGACACCCCCGUUGCAGCAGCCGGGCCAGCCACCAGCCCUUUGCAUGAGGCGCCAGGCACCAGCGCGCAGGGGCCAGUGGUGGGUCUGGGCCGGUUCGCAGUGCCAGACGUCUCUCCAGGAGGGCUGACACUCUACGAGAUGAAGAUAGCGGGGCUCGAGGGCCGCUUCUUCGGCGGAGUCGCGGACCAAGACGUGGAAGGGGACGGCGACGAAAGCGACGCUGGCGAUGGCGAGUUCUAUCUCAGUCGCAGCGCCUUUUACGAUGACAGCGACCACCGCGGCCGCAUGCCCUCGUUGGGUGGCGGGUCCAAAGUGGUGCAGACGGUCCUGGGCGAAGGGACGCAGCACCACGAGGACCUGUUCCUCGCGUCGGCCAAUCUGUGUCGGUGGAUUAUCGACUACGGCGAGAUCCAGGUGGGCGAGCAGGUGGGCCUCGGGUCCUACGGCUUGGUCCACCGCGGCCGGUGGCGGGGCGUCGAGGUGGCGGUCAAGCGGUUCAUCACGCAGAAGCUCGACGAGCGCCGCAUGCUCGAGUUCCGCGCCGAGAUGGCCUUCCUCUCGGAGCUCCACCACCCCAACAUAGUACUCUUCAUCGGGGCCUGCGUGAAGAGGCCGAAUCUGUGCAUUGUGACGGAAUUCGUGCAGCGGGGCAGCCUGCGGGACUUGCUGGCCAACACCGCGGUGAAGCUGACGUGGCGGCUAAAGCUGCGCCUGCUGCGCUCGGCCGCGCUGGGCGUCCACUACCUCCACGCGCUCCAGCCCGUCAUCGUGCAUCGCGACCUCAAGCCCUCCAACCUCCUCGUGGACGAGAGCUGGAAUGUGAAGGUGGCUGACUUUGGGUUCGCGCGGAUCAAGGAGGAGAACGCGACGAUGACGCGGUGCGGCACGCCGUGUUGGACGGCGCCGGAGGUGAUUCGCGGCGACAAGUACGACGAGCGGGCCGACGUGUUCUCGUUCGGCGUGGUCAUGUGGCAGGUGCUCACGCGCCGGGAGCCCUACGCCGGGCGCAACUUCAUGAACGUGUCGCUCGACGUGCUCGAGGGCAAGCGGCCGCAGCUGCCCGCUGACUGCCCGGCCGAGCUGCGGAAGGUGAUGAAGAAGUGCUGGCACGCCGCGGCCGACAGGAGGCCCACCAUGGAGCGGGUGCUGGCCUUUCUGGAUCAGGAGCUCGCCGGUAAGGGCGAAGAUGGGGACUCUAUGUUUUCAAGCGGCCGCAGCCUGGUCUGA